GGCAGCCUUCAGUCUUGGAACCACUCACAACAAACUCCAUCUGAUCUUUCCACUUGAACCUUUACCAAGUCCUUGGCAGGCAUUUUUCCCACUGGAAAACAGGAGAUCAAUCCACAACAUCAUAGAAGCCUCUGGGGCAUCCCUCUUGUGCCAAUGGCUCCUAAGAAGAAAACCCCCAAAAAGAGCAAGGCAGUGAAGAGAGAGUCUCCUAUUAAUACCACAAUGGUAGAGGAUCCUUCCCUUGAUAUUGACCACCAGCACCAGCUGGAGGGCUUGUUUGAAAAUGGUUCUGAUGGAUUCCUGUGCACCGCUACUGAAGUCAUAGAUCCAAGCCAUGGAAACAGCGUCCUGGAAGUGAUGAGUCACAUGCGCCAAGAGCACUUACUUUGCGACCUCAUGAUCACCACCAAAGCAAAGUCCUUCAGCGUCCACAAGCUAGUGAUGUCCUCUUGCAGUGAUUAUUUCAGAAGCCUACUGACAACAAAUCUCCACCUUCAACAAGUAGAUCUCAAAGAGGUUUCCUCCUUGGGUUUGGCCACAGCCAUAGCCUAUGCCUACACAGGGAAGCUGAGUCUUUCCCUGUAUACCAUCGGCAGCACCAUUUCCACAGCCAGCCACCUUCAGAUGUACACUCUGCUCAACAUAUGCACUGACUUCCUCAUCCAGGAGAUGAAUGUGGAAAACUGGGUAUAUAUUGCCAAUAUGGCAGAUACAUACAAUCUCAACCAGGUAAAGGAGGCUGCAAGGAAGUUCAUCAGAGAACACUUCCUGGAGUUCUCCGACACAGAGCAGUUCAUGAAACUCACUUUCGAUCAACUCAAUGAGCUGUUGAUGGAUGACAAUCUUCAGAUCACUAGUGAAGUGGUAGUCUUCCAGAUUGCUAUGAAAUGGCUCGAAUUUGAUUCCAAGCGGCUCAAACAUGCUGCUGACCUCCUGAACAACAUUCGGUUCGGCACCAUCCCAGCUCAGGACUUGAUCAGCUACAUCCAGCCUGUGCCCUGUAUGAUGCAGAACCCAGAAUGCCAUAAGCUGCUGGUAGAUGCUAUGAAUUACCACUUGCUACCAUACCAGCAAAAUGACCUUCAGUCCAGAAGGACCAAGAUUCGAGGAAGCUAUAAAGUGCUGAUCACAGUUGGCGGGCGUCCGUGCUCAACUGAGAAAGCCCUUAGCAAAGACAUAAACUACAGGGAUGAAGAGGGAAACUGGAAUAAGCUUACAGAGAUGCCAGCCAAAUGCUUUAACCAGUGUGUCGUGGUGAUGGAUGGAUUUCUGUAUGUGGCAGGAGGAGAAGAUCAAAAUGAUGCCCGAAACCAGGCGAAGCACGCACUUAACAAUCUGUGCAGGUACGACCCACGUUUCAAAACUUGGCUGCACUUGGCUAGCAUGUCGCACAAGAGAACUCACUUCAGCCUCAAUGUUUUCGAUGGGCACCUGUACGCUGUUGGGGGCCGCAAUGCCAAGGGGGCCCUCGUCUCUGUUGAGUGCUACGUCCCUUCCACCAACACCUGGCAAGCCAAAGCCAACAUGGAGUUGCCACGCUGCUGCCAUGCCAGUGUCAUCAUCGGUGGCAAAAUCUUAACAACCGGCGGCUACGUGAACAACGCCUACUCUCGCACCGUUUGCAGCUACGACCCUGCAACAGACACUUGGCGAGAUUGCUCUUGGCUGAGUGGCCCAAGGGGGUGGCACUGUGCCGCUACCUUAGGAGACCAUGCCUAUGUCCUGGGAGGCAGUCAGCUGGGCCCCCGAGGGGAGAGGGUGGAUGUGGUCGCUUUGGAACGCUACAACUAUUUGACAAACCAAUGGAGCUGCAUGGCCCCCCUUCCCAUAGGUCUGAGCAUGGCUGGGGUGGCAACUCUUGGCGGGCAAAUCUUACUAGCGGGUGGCUGGAAUGAAAGUGGGAAAAAGUACCAGAAGAGUGUCCUGGCCUACAACCCCGACCUGAAUGAAUGGACAGAGGAAGGGGAACUCUUGGAAGGCACAGUCGGGGUUUCCUGUUGUACCAUUGCCCUCCCCCACUCAAGCACCCGGGGGUCCCGGGCCAGCUCCGUGGCCUCUGCAACCAUUAGUAUUUAAAGAAAGCAGGGCAGGGAUGAGGCAAAGAAUGCAGUUUUCAUAAGUGGCUUCCUACUAGCCUGUUCCAAUAGUAACCUAACAAUGAUAAAGGGUUUUGCUAACUUUCUACCCACUUAGAAUCAGCUUUAACUCUCAGAACAGUCACAGAUCUUACCGUGUGUUUCUACCUCCCAGAAACCACUGAGGCACUUACUAAUUUCUGGCCCUUUGAGUGAAAAACUGAAAACACUCUCAGUGUAGAAAUCUACCUACCCCUUUCCCUUGAAACAGUUACCAUCCUUUUAAAAGAUGUUCUCGACUUUCCUGGGUCUAUUUUGAAUGAAACUGCAUUACUGAAAUCUAGGGUUCUUCCAUUCUAAAUUAAAAAAUUAAAAUAUA